ACUCGGUCUACAAUCAACGGAUUGCAUUGUAAUCGGGUGAUGUAUAUUUGUUUCGGUAAUAAGAUGGAAUAUUACUGGAAGAAGAUAGAGAAAAAAUGCUACUUUUGUUAGAGUGACGGGAAAGUUCGAAGCGAUUGCACCUAUUUCCAUAUUAUCUUUUAAACCAAUGUAUUAAACAGAGAUGGCAGAUCUCACUUUAACUAACAGAUUACCUAUAUGAGAUGAAUGGUGGAGCUGAGAUGGUUAUGGGAGCAGUUAUCCUACCACCAUUUUGGAAUGAAACUGUUCAGAAACGAAAAGUUUAUAAGCAUUGCAGUAAAAAAAAAGUUCACGUUAUUGAUCGUAUUUCAUUGUUACCCAUUUUGCCUUAGCAAUGCACUUAAAAAUAUCGACCAAUGAAGAAUUAAGUCAUAACACUCAUAAUAAGCUCAACAUACAGGGUCCGCCAUCUAACUUUUUUUUUUAACUAGCGGUUAUUUCGACAUUGGUAAUGUCACUUCUGAUUUGACAGAAACUUAGUUUUAUCUUUCCGCUGAACGAAAAUGGUUGUGUAUACGCUUGAGGAACGCGUGAAAAUAGUUCAGUUUUACUUUGAAGAAGACGCCGAUUUUUGCCAAAAUAUCAUUCUCUCGAAUGAGGCACAUUUUCAUCUCGGCGGGUAUGUUAAUAAGCAAAAUUGUCUGGGGGACGGAAAACCCGCACGUUAUCAUGGAGAAGCCGAUGCAUCCUCAGAGAGUGACGGUUUGGUGCGGAUUUUGGUCUGGCGGCAUCAUUGGAGAAAAUUUUAAGUUGUUCAACCUCAUUGGAAUCACUGACGAUUGCGAUUUCCUGCAGAAGCAAACUGGUGCGAUGUCAAAAGUAAGAUACUAAACUCAUCCAAGAGCUUUGUUAUCUCCUUCAGCUGCAAAUAUUCGAUAGUAAAAUUUUAUUUCAGAAUAUCGAACCGAACUACAUUUAUUACAACUAGACAUUCAUGGGACCGUUCAUAAACCACGUAGACCACAAUUUUAACUACCAAAAAUAAUCAUGCUCUCGUGCAGGGUUAUUUUAGAUAACGAAAAAGUUAAAAUAAUUAGUGAGAUGGUCUACAGUCUUAGGUUACUGUCAGAGUGAAAGCGUCUAGUCGCGCGUGCGAGCUAGUUGCAUUUUUUCAAAGCAAACCUGUCAGAGUGAAUGCGAUGCGAAAACAGUACAUCGCAUUGAAUCGCUUCGCUUCGGUCCGCGUUCCGCGCUCACUCUGAUAUCAACUUUAGUGUUACUAGAAAUACUUAAUAAGUUGUCGAGAUGAAUUUUGUUUUUCAACAAGAUGAUACUACAAGCCCCAAAGUGAGCGCAGGAAUGCACUGUUUGUAUUGAAAGUUAGUUUAGUUAUAUCGUUAGCUUUAAAAGUCGUUCACAGGGAGGUGUCAUCAAUUCUCUGUUAAUACAGAUACACAAGGGGAAAUGAAAUACAAUGAUUCUCAAACGUCUUUACCGGAUGAACGAUAGGAAAGAGAUAUUUUCCCCAAAUUCGCACUUCAGCAAUGCUAUACAUUUUUUUUUAAAUCUGACUUGAGAAUACAAAAUUGAGACUACGUAGACUUUGUACAAAACCCCCCUCCACGUAGACUUUCAUGAAACAACCCCCCGCCCUCCCCUCAGAGAGUCUACGAGGUUUAUGCUUGGCCCCCAUCGCCGUACUCUCCGUAUCGACCUCUUGCUCAGAAUAUCUACAUCAUGAAUCAAUUAUGAUUAUUAGAAGUCAUUGACUAGCCGUUUAACCUAUUAAAUAACUAGGUCAGUUGGCAUUGUAUAAUUGGCUUGUAAAUAUUUUGGAUCAAUUACUCAUUCGGAUCCCUGUAAUCUGUUCAUGUAGAACAGAAGAGGUUUUAGCUUCAAACUAACUUAGCUCCAAUGGGUUUUUUUCUACUACACAAUAAAUAAUAAACCACAAUAAACAAUCUAAUAAGAAAGUACUUCGUGUAAGGGACAUACAAGAAUUGAUUUUUUUUUCAUUUCUUACUAAACAGACCCACAUUCAUUAUGCAAAGUCUUAAAGUCUUCUUCUUCUUCUUCUUCCUUUCUGGUUGGCGUCACCUCACUUGAGAUGACGCCGAAUUGAUGGCACAGCAACUAAGGCUAUAUUGCCAGUUAAUUUUCGUUUAUAGUCCAGUGGACUUUCUUUUCACUUGACUACAAGCGAAAAUCUCGCUGUGUGGCUGCGUCGAAUCGUCAAAGUACGGCUGAAAAUCCUUUCUUUCUUGCGAAAUACUCGAAUUUUCCCCGGACUAACACGAUGCAACGUGCUCACCCGUUGAGAGUUUCACCGGAAGUCAUCUUAAAGUCUAGUGUCAAUAAGCUUCAUUCGUCAAUCUAAUUCCGAUAAUCCAUAUCUCGGUUAAUUUUUCAAAAGGGUGUAUUAGCAAGUUUCUCUUUGUUUACUUUCUCUUCUAUAAAUUACCAAGCGGUUUCCACGUUUAUCACUCAACUCUUUGCAUGAAAUGAUACCCGAAACUUUCAACUUUCAAACAGAAUAGUGAUAUCAAAGAAAAUCUUCUUCUUCACAUCACAAUAAUCAAAAGAGAGAGUUAUUAAAGAGAAACUGUCACUUGCUUAUAUGCCCCAAUGAAAAAUCAACCGAGAUAUAUUUAGGACUGAUAUGGGGCCAUUCAUAAACCACUCAAACCGAACCUUGACACUUUUGAACCCAUCCGUCAUAGAAUUUCGUAGACUUUUCUAAAACCUACCCACCCCCUUCCUCCGAAAGUCUACGUAGACUUUUCAGAUUCACUGAAAAUCAUUGAAAACAAUUUUCAUGUUUGAGAACACGAAAGUUUUUUUCCGGAAAAAUGAGAUAUUUACUACGUAUAAAUAUUAGCACUGUCUUUAGUGACUAAGUAAACCGAUUUAAAACUUUUUCUUCCCAACUCUUAGGAAACAUUAAAAAGCUCGGAAACGAAAAACUUAACGCGUUAUAGAAGCGCAAAAGAGAGCACAAUGAAAUACUAUUAAACUUCUUUUUUCUUUCAAUAUGGAUUGAGAAUUGUGCGAUUGAAAAUUUCGAGCUCACGUGCGAUUUAAAAUUAAUAACUCACGUGUGAUCGAAAAUUAAGAACGAUAAGACUCACCUUUACAAGAAAUUUGACGAAAACGCAUGGUGAAGUUUGAAGGUGUUUCAAAACGAAUCUCCAAGUUUUUUCGGUAGCUAGCACCAUAAACCAGUGUAGAUAUCAAGCAUAUCCCGCUUUACCCCAGUCCGAGCUUUGCCCCUGCCCGCGCUUUGUCCCUGUCUCCGCUUGGCUCCCUUUGCUCUACUUUCUUGCGAUAUAAAAUAAAAAAAUUUUUUUUUUCUUUUUUGCACGAAUGAGGCUAUGACCAAUAUAGCAACAAUAAGGAUUCGAUCAUAAAAAACCUGUUUUAAUCCACCUAGUGGUGUAAUGAUGCCUUUCUCAUAUACAUAUAAUAUUGUGGUAUUCUAUUCAAUAUUUUUCUCUUCGAUUUUUGAAAGAAACCAAGAGAUUGUUUGUGUAUAACAUAUAGAACAAAACAGUGCUUUGAUUGCGUAGGCCAUCCUUAAGAAAACGAAGUGGGUUCACUAUUAUAUGCACUUCUGGCACCGGAACCCGAGAACCGGUAUAAUCAAAGUCGGUUCGUACGGCCACCAACUAACAUGACGUACAAACUCUACUAGUACGCACUCUUAAUUACGAUUUAAAUGUUUGUUGCAUCCGAAAAUAUGCAGUAAUUUUUGGUACAACCAUAAGACCUUGCAAUUGACCCUAAGAUUGGGAAUAACGGUUUAGUAUCCAGUUUAUAGCACUUUUUACGGUUUUUGUUCCGCCGGUUUAAGUAACGGUGCACAAUAUUGAACACACUUUACCCUAUAACUCCGGAUCCGGAAGUCGGAUCCGGAAGAAAUUCAGGAAUUCCAUAUGGGAUCGGAAGACCUUUCAUUUGAGUAUAAGUUUGUGGAAAUCGGUCAAACCAUCGUUGAAAAAAGUGAGUGAGAUCCAUUUUGAUAUAUAUGACCACUACUUCCGGAACCGGAUAGCGGGAACCAGGAUAGCCGGAAUCGGUUUGUUUAGUUGCCUACUGAUCAUGACUAUCGAUUUGUGUAGUUUUGAGACCAGUUUAGGAAUUUUUUUAUGUAUUUUGUUCCGCCGGUUUAAGUAACGGUGCACAAUAUUGAACACACUUUACCCUAUAACUCCGGAUCCGGAAGUCGGAUCCGGAAGAAAUUCAGGAAUUCCAUAUGGGAUCGGAAGACCUUUCAUUUGAGUAUAAGUUUGUGGAAAUCGGUCAAACCAUCGUUGAAAAAAGUGAGUGAGAUCCAUUUUGAUAUAUAUGACCACUACUUCCGGAACCGGAUAGCGGGAACCAGGAUAGCCGGAAUCGGUUUGUUUAGUUGCCUACUGAUCAUGACUAUCGAUUUGUGUAGUUUUGAGACCAGUUUAGGAAUUUUUUUAUGUUUUUUGUUUCGCCGGUUUAAGUGAUGGUGUACAAUAUUGAACACACUUUACCCUAUAACUCCGGAACCGGAAGUCGGAUCCGAAUGAAAUUCAGGAAUUCCAUAUGAGAUCGGAAGACCUUUCAUUUGAGUAUAAGUUUGUGGAAAUCGGUCAAACCAUCGCUGAGAAAAGUGAGUGAGAUCCAUUUUAGUACAUAUGACCACUAUUUCCGGUACUUCCGGAACCGGAUAUCGGGAACCAGGAUAGCCGGAAUCGGUUUGUUUAGUUGCCUACUGAUCAUGACUAUCGAUUUGUGUAGUAUUGAGACCAGUUUAGAAUUUUUUCACGUUUUUUGUGUCGCCUGUUUAAGUGACGGUGUACAAUAUUGAACACACUUUACUCUAUAACUCCGGAACCGGAAAUCGGAUCCUGAUAAAAUUCAGGAAUUCCGUAUGGGACCAGCCGUAUGGGACCAGCCGUAUGGGACCAGCCAGGAAAUUCCGUAUGGGAUCAGUCAUCUCCGAGUAAACCUAGUGAGAUUAUUUGACACAUACACACAUACACACACACACACACACACACACACACACACACACACACACACACACACACACACACACACACACACACACACAUUGCUCAGCUCGAUGAACUGAGUCGAAUGGUAUAUGACACUUGGCCCUCCGGGCCAAUUUUCACUAGUCGAUUUUCCAAGUGAUUGCAUAACCUUUCUAUAUGAGAAAGGCAAAAAAUGUCUCAGAGAUGUCUGGCCAAAUUUUCACAAAUUUAGAACAAAUAAAUUAUAAAGUCUUUGUGGAUGUUUAGAGUUUCAAACCGUCAUUUUAAGUGACUACGUUUCAAACCGUUAUUUUAGUACGACUACAUAAAAAAUCUUCGAAACCUUGCUCGGAUCGUUCUCGAUUUAUAGGUCUUAUUAGUCAAUGGGCAAAGUUCUAAUCUUCAUUCACAUAUUAACGGAAAUAUUUCGAUGAUUUCCAUGCUUAUUUCAUCAAGGAUUUUUUAGUUUUGACAUUCAUUAACUCAUUCUAAAUCACCAACUCGAUAAUUAAUAAUUUAAUAUUACUCAUAACUGAUAUUGAGUUUUAAAAAUAGAUUCAAGGCUCUUUUUCCAAAACGUAAAAUUCUUUGCAAGACCUGUCAUAGCAUCAGUUUAAUUUAUGGCACAUCGAAGCAACUCACUUCCUGUAGUGUGAAUUGAAUGAAUGUACGGUCAGCUAUGAUUGAUUUUAAGUUGAUGGAUUUCAUUCAACUAACAAAAACAUGUGUCUACACUCAAAUAAUUUAUUCACCGGCAGAUAAUUUUUCUCUGUUCAGUUUACCUCGGACAAUGCUUCCAACUACAUUGCAACUAUCGCUACUAGUUUGUCAUUUGGCGUCCAUGCAGGUGACAGCAAAACCAAGUGGAAUUUGCACACAGCAUCGAGAACGGAUAAAGCAUCACUUUUACGCUGUUCGCCAUUGUCAACGAUCGAAUCAAUCCAUUAUCGGACUAAUCAAUACAAAUACGGUUCAAGACUGUGCUGAAUUCGCGAGAACAAAGCAAGGUAUGGCAUUCAAUUUCGGACCCGCGAAUCGAGUUCGAAACAAUCUGUUUGAUACGAUGGAAUCCCACAGUACCAAUACCGGAGGCACAUCAUCGUGGUCAUCAAAAAAAGAAGACUCUACCUCUACUGAUCCGGAUGAGUUUUACAACUGUCAGAUUCUAGAAUGUCCUGAGUAUCAGAAUUUUUCGUCGAUCGUGAACGAUACUCGAUUCGAUUACUAUAGCUUGUACAGUAGGCCUACUCCUUCCAUAAAUGCUACUUGUCUGCCGUCUAUUGGAAUGUUUAUCUUGGAUGACCGAAAACUAAACUAUUCUCAGGCAUACAAUGAGUGUCGGUCAAUGAGUGGCAGUCUGGCUCAUAUUGCUAGUGAAGCUAGAACGAAUAUGAUUGCCAGAAUGUGCGCUGCUCAGGGUGAUGUUGUGAUCAAUGGAACCUCAAAUAUUACUGAUCCUAACGUUUAUUACGUUGGCCUCAAUGAAACUGCACGACAAAAAUUUUAUACUUCUGCAGAUGAACCAUUGGAUUGUUUCUUGUAUAGAGCGUGGGCCCCGGGUCAUCCAAGAAAAACUCGACAACCUAGCUGCGUUGCUAUAUCGACCAACCGUUCGUGGACCACACACAACUGCAAUCAGCCGAAACGAUUCGUUUGUGAGUUGCACACAUCCGGUCCACCCAAACAUGAAGUACAACUCAAAAGGUAAUGCUCUGUAAAUCGACCCAAUAACCGAAU